AACGUGUUGACGGUGAGAAUUCAGCUCUCCUCAUGCCAGGACCUAUAAAAUAAUCCCCCUCCUGGGUGCCUUCCCCACCGGAUCGCCCUCGUCGACACCGACGACGACGACGAACUCAUUGACGGUGGUCACCAUGUUUGCUCAGUACUCUCCGCUCUUCACCUCUGGUCUGCUCUCUGACUCACCCUCUGCUUCGAGGGCACCUUCACCACAGCAUCCUGUUCGCAAGAACACCCAUGACAGUUUACCACUGACUGUCAAUACUAGAAUGUCAGAUAUUUAUGCUGGCGUCGAGUCCGCUCGAAACCCACAGGAUAAUGACGGUGCUUUGUUCCUCACCUUCCGACCACACCGCAAGCAGGUCGAUGAGGGUCUCUCAUUUCUCUCCUUGGAUCUUGCCGAGUCGCAAUCGAUGCGCUCGAUGAGUCUCAGACGCAAGGACACGGUGACGACAAAGGCCACCACUGCCUUUGGUCGCUCAGAGCCGUCCUCGCCGUCAUACAACUUGCCGGUUUCACCCAUUGUUAAGCGGUCCCAGUUUGCCCCUCAACUGCCGCCCUUGGCACCCAUUAUCUCACCCAUCUCUCCGGUGCCUACUCUUCGUAAAGCUUCCCGCGAGACGCUUCGUUUGCCCUCGCCAAAGCCCGUACCGUCUUCUACAUUGCCUGAACCACCAGCUUCUGCUCCAGCACAUGUUCAGCGUCAGAGGAGACCAUCGAAUUUGACUCUCACUUUGUCAGAUUGCUUUGUAGAAGCAGGUCCAUCUUCGACCUCUUCCUCGCCAUUGAUGUCAUUCCAUCGGCCUUCGUACUCGGCUCCAUCGAUAUUCUCGCAUUUGUCUCCUCUUCGUUCGUCGCCUAUCCUGUCACCGGACGAGGAACGUUCCUACUUCACUUUCUCUCCAACUUCCCCAAUCACAUCUUCUUUCUUCCCCUCAUCGCCUCCGCCUAGCGCUUCAACUCAAGUCACUGCGUCCCCUUCAUCGCCGUCCUUGAAAGCGCCCGAACAUGAACAACCUUCUGCACCGGUUAAUGCGCCCGUAUCGCUUAAAGCUUCGCUUUCGAUGCGCUCAACUGCCACGAUCAAUACGCGUCAACGCAACCGUUCUGCUGCUCUUGAUGCAUUGGAAGGCCGUGGUCGUCGUAAACGCCGCGUGAGACCCAACAACUUCAUGAGCAUGAGCGACGACGAGGAUGACGAUGUCGCUGUGGAUGAGGAAUCCCUUAUCCGGGAUGUGCAGAAGAAAUUGCUUUGGGUCUUGAACGAGGAAGAGGAUGUCGUUCUUCCCAAGAGCGAAAUCAGUUCGAAGCGAGCGAGUAUGGUGAAACCUGACAGCACGUCGGCCAAAACGUCUUCGUCCUCUUCCAAGCGUAGUCGACGAAGCACCAUCGAGAGCUUUUUUUCUCCUCUCAACAACUUCAUCGACUUUAAAGAUGACGAUCGCUCGUCUCUCAGUUGGCGUAGCUUUGUCGAGUUCUCCGCAUGACCGUCCACGACUUUUACUUGACCCCACCGCCUGUGUGUAUCCUAUCUAUUGUCUUGCAAAUUGCUUUCGUUCCUCGAUUUGUUGUACAAGUAUCACUCUCACUCUCAUUCAUUCAUUGUUCAUCAUUCAGCAACUGUUUUAUAUCCUGCAAUCUCCGUACGCUAGUUGUCCACGUCGUCUCGUAACACCUAAUGCUCUAAUCACGUACUCUAUUCCGUCACUCAUUGUCAUUGACACUCUCUUCAAGCUCCUUCAUCUCAUCUCAUCAGUCUUCCACUCGCUUACCGCUAUUGUUCUGGUCGUUGAUGAUGAUGCGCUUUUUUGUUGUACAUACGAUACAUGUACAUGGUUCAGAUCAAAUCAAGAACCCUGGUGAUGACCUGAGUUCCUGAAACACUAGGAAGCUUUUUGUGUUUGUAUCAUUUGUUACCAUCGCGCCGCUUUACCUUAACGACAUGGGUUCAGAAGGCUAUUGUAUUCCUGCUACUUAUUGUUCUUGUUGUCUCACUUUGCAUCAAUCGCCAGGUGUUCAGAUCGCAGAAGCUGUCCUGAUAGACAGUUGCCAACGCGGGGAACAGAGUGAUUGCUUCGACUUCUGUGAAUCCGUGAUACGUCAAGUUCAAGGUAUCACAAUUGCAAUUUAAUGGAGCUGUUGUUGUACUGUUCCCUACACGCCUUCUGUAUAUAUGUGUCACUGAGGGUUUCGGGAUGC